CACACAGCAUAGCAAGGGUGGGAGCCCACCGUCGGUGUUCUGUCAAUAUGACCUACCCUUCAAGCUGAGCUACAAAAAAUCGCUCCUGGUGGGUGUUUUGGGUUAGGGUUAAGUUUUGGGUUAAGGCUAUGUUAAUGGGCUGCCGGUAGCUCGUACAUCACCAGACACUUUUGACAGAACACCACCAACCGUCACCACCACCACCACUCACCGCCACCAUGUCAAACUCCCAAGAGCAGAGCCUGGACGAGGAUGCAGUCUUCCAGCCACUGACGGAGGCCUGCCCGCAGUUCAUGCACAGCGAGUCAGAGCGCUAUGCCCUGGAGUGCCUGCUGAACGAGGGGCCCGGGGCCUUCUACAUGCAGCUCAACGCCGAGCGCCUGGGGCCUUUCCUGUCCCCCGAGGAGGUCAACCAGAUGGGCGCCUGGGCCCACGACUACCGCGUCAGCCAGGUGGUACUGGAGGAGGACAUGAUGUUGGUGGGGGGCGCAGCAGGGGACCCAUCUGCGACCGUGGUGGAUGGGGAUGGGAAAGGGGAAGGGGGCCAGGGGGCGAUGCUGCAGGACUUCUCGGCACGCUACUUCCCCGUGCACUCGGACACACCGGCGCCCCCACUGGAGCUGGGCUGGCCCGAGAGGGAGUCGUGGGACUGCAUGGGCCAGGCCCGCGUGUACACCAGCCCGCCACAGGAGGCUGCGCCGCCCAUACGAGAGGUGGUCAGGAAACUCAUACAGGGAGCCAAAAAGGUCGUUGGCAUAGUGACAGACAGACUGUCGGACAGUGCUGUGAUCGGUGACCUCCAUGCGGUGGCUUCCCUCGGCAUCCCAGUCUACAUCAUCCUCAACCAGAGGACCGUCGAGGAGAACUUCACACCGCACAGGCUACGGCACCCAAACAUACGGGUGCGCAUCAUGGGGGGCAAGACCUUUUGCACCAGAGAUGGGAAGACGGUGGAGGGGGAGCUGAAGGAGAACUUCCUACUAGUGGAUCUGGAGAAGGUCAUGGUGGGAAGCUACAGCCUCACCUGGAUGGACGCCCACCUGCACCGGCAGCUGGUGAUGGUCAUGAGUGGGCCCGUGGUGGAAUCCUUCGACCGCGAGUUCCGAAUCCUCUACGCCGCCUCCCUGCCCAUCCCCGACACUUGGAAGGCUGGUCGCCCCCCAGGCCUGGACAUGACCCCGGUCUCCAAGCACCAAAGGCCGGAGAACCUGGACAUGAGCGGCGUCAAGCCUCUUCCAGCCGAGAGCUACCUGAGUCCCCCACCGGCCUAUGCGGACCAGGUGAUCGACUGGGAGGCCCUUGGUCUCGUGCCGACGGUCCCUGAGUCACCCAUACUGGCUCCUGGGGGCCUCCCGCUGGGAAUUACUGUGGGGGAGGGGCCCAUGCCGCACCGCGAGCCCAUCUUUGAGGAGCCGAUGCAGCUUGAGGAGAAACCCAUCCAGCCCCAGGCAAUGGUCCCACAUGCUAACCUAGCAGCACGCGGGGAAAACAGGACAAGCCCCAAUGUAGCUCCAGGCAAUUUGUGGAAGGAGGAUCAGGCCACAUUCAGACCCGUACGCAGGCUGUCCAUGCAGUCUGAUGAGGACAGGCAGCACCUGAACAAACUCAGUGCUUCUCAGGAGAGGUUAUGGAGUCCUAAAUGUGUGUUCCCAAAUCCGCUCUCCCCGACCAGUCCAAGGGAUUCUUCACUCAGGAGAAACAGUGUCAAUGAGGAUGUCAAACCGGAUAGCCGAGCAAACAGCAGAUCUGGAAAUGCAAAGCGACCUCUGAUCCUGCGAGUGCCGCAGAGGGAGAACUUCACAGCCCUCAGUGACAUCCUGAGGAAGCUCCAGGGUAAGCAGAGCACCCCGAAGCGCGGGCCCAAGGCCGCCGUGUCUGACAUCAGCCGCUCCAUGAUGGACCUGAGCACCAGCCACGGCACACAGAGCAACUGUUUUGACGGCAAGUCCGAGACCCCAGCUCAGGCCCUGAUGAAGCAACGUUUUGAUGACAAGAGCUUCACCAGACCCCCAAAGUCCUUCCUGCCAUCGAUACGGCCACGCAGUAGCAGCUUUGCCUGGAACACGGAUUGGAGGUCACCGCCGAAGGCAGAUGAAUAAUGACAACUACAAAAAUGUACAAGACUCAUUGACACGUCUCAGAGCUCUCUGACUGUGGACGUCUGUGGCCCUGGCAGUAUUGAUGGGAUGGUGCUGAGCAGGGCCUCUGAGAGUUUUGGCUAACCCAGGACAAAGUCAUCUGAAAGGGCACCCCAGUAUAAUAGAUUCAAUUUAAUGAGGACCCAAUUCUGGGCCCCCUCUUUGCCUGGGCCUGGGACAACUGUCCCCUUUGUCGUCGUUCCCCCCCCCCUGUCGGCACCCUUGGUGCUGAGAACAGAAAACGCCUCCCACUACCUACACCCACCAAGUUCAGAAGCAGCUCUUAUCAUGAACUCAGUACUGUUUGGACAUUGAUAAUGGAUCAGUAAAUACUUGGUGAUAUCAGAUCAACCGUCAGAUGAGAUAUUGUGUUGAAUUAACACUGUAUUUUGAACUGUGCAAAAAUAUGAGUAGAAUACUGCUGACAUUGCCUUUUUUCCAGAAGUAUGAUGAAAGUAUGAAUAUGAAUAUAUUGAUAAUGAAUAUGAAGCAUUGACACUAAACUAGAAUGAGCCCAGAGGUUAGAGGUGAAAACCUGUAUUAUUGUAUAUACAAAGAUCAUUGACAGUAUGCUAUGCUAGAUGCAUGCUAUGAGAAAUGUGAAGACACCACUGAAGGACUUGAGCAGUGUCUCUACCUUGACAAAUUGUGAAAACUGUAGUAGGCUACUUGUUUUGGUCUUAAACUGAAAUCUUGAAGAUCUUUAUUCAAUACAGUUCCAUAAAUACCCUUUCAGUGUUUGAGAUGGUAAUGAAGGGUAAUUUUGUUUUUAACUGUCAUAGGACUUUAUUUCUUAACUUUGAAUAUUUAAAUGUGCAAUUGUAUUUUGUGAUAUCUACACCACUGUUCAGCAGUACAGACCA